ACAGUUGAAAAAGCAGACACAUUCAUCUUUUACUUUAUCCAAAUGUUCUCUCUCUGUCGAUCUCUCCAUCUGAAAUUGCGAUUAAACCUUUAUUCAUUUCUCUCUUAAACCAUGCCGAAAUCAAGCAAAUUACGAAAUUUCUUCAAACCCACAAAAUCUAAGAAAGAUGCACAGGAGAUCGUGGCAGAACAAGGACCGAAGGAGUUCAGUUUCAAAACCCUUUCUUCUGCGACAGAAAGUUUCCAUGCCAAAAACAAGCUUGGCAAAGGUGGCUUUGCUCAAGUGUACAAGGGAAAGUUGAAUGAUGGGAGAGAGAUCGCGGUGAAGAGACCUUUGCAGAUCUCAGACAAGGGAAAGGAACUUGUCCUGAACGAGUUGAAACUGCUGCUGGGGUCUGCACACCACCGAAAUAUUGUCAAGUUUCUGGGCUUUUGUUCACACCGUGAAGAGAUGCUGCUUGUAUUUGAGUUUGCAAGUAAUGGAAGCCUUGAUUACCUUCUUUUUAAUUCAGAGACUGGCAGGGCAGAUGUGCUUGAAUGGAAGCGAACAUAUGACAUAAUUGUAGGUGUUGCCCGGGCCUUGCUUUACCUUCAUGAACGAUCACACAGUGUAAUUAUCCACUGUGACAUCAAACCCGCCAACAUCCUAAUAGAUGAAAAUUGGGUCCCCAAAAUUGCUGAUUUUGGCACAGCCAGCCUCUUACCUCAAGAUCAAACGCAAGUUAAUAUCAGUGAAGCUGCCGGUACCCUUGGGUAUUCGGCUCCCGAGUACAAGUGUAGUGGACACGUCUCUCCGAAGGCAGACAUAUACGGCUUUGGGGUAGUGGUUUUGGAGUUGAUAAGUGGUCAGAAGAAUUGGCUUUCUCAUGAUCGGUCUUCCAGUGGUCAAGGUCUACGGGAUAGGGCAAAUGAGCUCUACAAGGAAGGAAGGGUGUCUGAUUUUAUGGACCGGAAAUUGAUACCAUCGGUUGUCCGUGAUCAAGUAGAAUUGUGCAUACAAAUUGGGAUAAUGUGCACCGAAUAUGAUCCAGAAUUACGACCCAGCAUGGGUCACGUUUACUCAAUGCUGUCAGAGAACCAUGGCAGCAGCAGCAACGUAGUUGAAGAACCAGUGAGAGAUGGAUCAUCAUUAUCCACAACUCGAAAUUUGGGCCCAAUUGAGGUUGCUAACAAUGGAUCAUCAUCUGGGGCAAACAUUCACUUGGAGAACGAGGGCCUACCCAAACACAGACGACUAACCCGUGCUCGACGAAUCCAGCCAGAGGAUGUGCAAUCUUACAUACCCUCCAUUCCAAGCUCCUCAUGCAGUAGUACAGAUGGUCCAACUGAGCUCGCUAACAAUGGAUCAUCAUCUGGGGCAGACAUUCACUUGGAGAACGAGGGCCUACCCAAGCACAGACGACUAACCCGUGCUCGACGAAUCCAGCUAGAGGAUGUGCAAUCUUACAUACCCUCCAUUCCAAGCUCCUCAUCUAGUAGUAUAGAUGGCCCAACUGAGCUCGCUAACAAUGGAUCAUCAUUUGGGGCAGACAUUCACUUGGAGAAUGAGGGCCUACCCAAAUACAGACGACUAACCCAUUCUCGACGAAUCCAGUCAGAGGAAGUGCAAUCUUACAUAUCCUCCAUUCAGAUUGAACCUGUAGUAGCAACACCAGAAGAAGAAGAAGAAGAAGAAGAAGACUCCUCUCCCACCUGCUCAUAUGACCAAGCAAACAAAGGAAGCAACGAAGAAGGUAGCCAAACAGCAACAGAUGGUGGAGGAGGCUGAUAAAAAACACCCCACCACCUUAAAUGAUACCGGGGAGCGGCAAGUAAAUUCAACUCCAGAAGAGAGGGUGGUUGUGGAUAGGCCUUUGCACCUUGUCCUUUCUUUUCAUCAUACUAUUAGUGUGAAUAUUUGUGUAUCUUCUCUAUGAAACAGAUUAUGCCGGAAAUUCAGGUGGACGAAGAAAGGCUAGCUGCUGAUGAUAUGCUAAAGAGGACUUCUGGCAGGCUAUUACCAAGCUGAAAAGCUUAGAAACCAGUUUCAAGAAGAGCUUGAAUGACGAAGGAAACAAAUCCUCCUGGUGUGAGGAAGGCUUCUUUGAGGAAGGUGAGGAGGGGAAAUUCAAGGAUCAACUGACCAACCCACAAGAUGGCAUCUUCACGAACAAUUGGGAAGGUAUUUUGAGGAAGGUUGGCGUGGCAGAGGACUCUCUUCUCUUCUCCAAGUCCCACUCCCUGACCUUGUUGAGCAGCAGCCCCCCACUGCUGAAGAAGUUGUUGACGCCAGUGUCUAUGGCGGAGGAAGUGUCGCUGACUCCAAUGGAUAGCAAGAGGCUGUUAGUUAGAUCCCACAUUUACCAAUAAGAAUAAAACUUUACUAAUAAUGAUGCAUGUUCUGAGACUACACAUUUUUCUUUUUGAAUAAUACUCCCACAAUUUAUCCACAAUGAUAUGGCAUGUUUCAUGUCAAAUUUUUGAUUUAUCACAAACUCAAUAAUUAUCAUGUCAUUGUAGAUAAAUUGUGAAUUCUAAAUUGCAAGUCUCACAUUUCUUGUGUAUUGAAUCUUAUUAGUGGUUUUAACAAUAGCUAGUUUAAUACUUAAAAGCUAA